GGGUCCCGACGAGUCCAAAUCGCUCCAGUCAGUGUGUGUGUAUGGGAUUAAGUUUUAACCAGCGAGAAAAAAGAUGAAGAUGCGUAAGGAACCACCGCCUUCCUCGCUUAACCCUUCUUUCUAUUCCCCUCUAAAUUUUCCAUUACUCCAAAUCACAACCCCAAACAAACCGAAACCAACCCCACGCACACAACAAUCUACAUCCCCACGCGCCGUCUCACGCGCCACCACAUGGACCCGCCCAAGCCCACCGACAACCCCCAGACUCAGGCCCCCGCCGCCGAUGCUCAGAACGGAGACAAGAAUUGGGCCACCUUCGUCAUGCAAUCGUCGGAGCCCCCGCCGCAGCCGGAGCCGGAGCCGACGGCCAAGAGAUCGGUCCACUGGAGCCCCGAAUUGGUUACGCAAUCCACUUUCAGCAAUACAAUCCCCGUGCACGAUUCCAACCAGGGAUCGAGUGCUUACGCCGGUCAAUCUCCGGGGUUGACCUCCUCUUUCUCAUUCAAAGAUUCGGUGGAGUCUGUACGGAAUGUGUUGGGGAGAUGGACAAAGUCGGUGGGGGAAGCUUCGAGGAAGGCUGAGGAUCUCGCCGGAAACACGUGGCAGCACUUGAAAACAAGCCCUAGUCUUGCGGAUGCUGCCAUGGGAAGAAUUGCACAAGGAACAAAGGUUCUAGCAGAAGGUGGUUACGAGAGGAUCUUUCGAUCAACUUUUGAGACAGUUCCUGAGGAGCAGCUUCAGAAUUCAUUUGCAUGUUACUUGUCUACGUCAGCAGGUCCGGUCAUGGGAGUUUUAUAUGUAUCUUCUGCAAAGGUUGCUUAUUGUAGUGAUAAUCCCAUAUCCUACAAAGCUGAUAACCAAACUGAAUGGAGUUAUUAUAAGGUGGUUAUCCCUCUACAUCAGCUCAAAGCAGUCAAUCCUUCAUCAAGCAGAUCCAAUCCUGCUGAAAAGUACAUACAGGUUAUCUCAGUUGAUAACCAUGAAUUUUGGUUCAUGGGCUUCUUGAAUUAUGAUGCUGCUGUGGAAUGCCUACUAGGAGCUCUACAAGCCCGGAGCUUGUCUGUGUGAUAAUUUUUGUUGUGGCAGAUGUUUCCUUCCGUGCUCAUCGUAAGAUGUUAUGUAACUGUGAACUUUAUAGGUUAAAUUCUUUAACAAUGUGAGAUUUUGACAUUUGAUAAUGUAUGUAAUUCUUUGAAAGUGAUCAACAGUCAUUUUAGAAGCUCAAUAUGGUAUACUCAAGGAUUCAGCCUUAUUGCUUCAAGUACAUAUUGUUAUUCUUGCA